UCCUCUCUACUCUUAAUCCUUUUUAUCAGGGCAUGAAUGGUAGGAUUCAAGAGUUACUUGAAGAACUAGAAAACCUUGCACAACAGAAACGUGUGCUCGGUCUCAGAGAAGGUGUCAGGGGCAAGCUUUCACAAAGAACUCCCACAACUUCCUUCGUUGAGCAUGAAUUCUGUACUUAUGGUAGGGAUGAAGAUGAAGCGAAGUUGAAAACACUGCUGCUAUCUGAUGAUGCAAGGGGCGGCAAUACAUCUGUCAUCCCCAUAUGGGGAAUGGGAGGAGUUGGUAAGACAACCCUUGCUCAACUCCUUUACAAUAAUGACAGGGUGAAAGAGCAUUUCGAUGUUCGAGCUUGGGCGUGUGUCUCCGAAGACUUUGAUGCUGUUAGGGUCACUAAAACCCUUCUUCAGUCAAUGGCUUCAAAACCCUGCGAUACGUCAGAUAUGAGCUUGCUUCAAGUUGCUCUUAGGGAACAACUAACGGGGAAAAGGUUUCUACUUGUGUUGGAUGACCUUUGGAAUGACGAUUAUAAUGAUUGGAGUGUUCUUCAAGCUCCUUUCACUUAUGGGGCGAGGGGAAGUAAGGUCAUUGUGACAACAAGGAACGAAAGUGUUGCAUCCAUCGUGCACACUGUUCCUAUUCACUCUUUAAAACAAUUGUCGCAUGAUGAUUGUUGGUUGUUACUUGCAAAACAUGCGUUUAGAAAUGAAAACGCAAGUGCACAUCCAGACUUGGAAGAAAUUGGUAAAAAAAUUGCACGUAAGUGCAAUGGUCUGCCUUUAGCUGCGAAAACACUUGGAGGUCUCUUAAGUUGCAACAUGGACUACAAGAAAUGGAAUCAUAUAUUGAAUAGCAAUCUUUGGGAGCUACCACAAGCAAAUAGUAUUCUUCCAUCUCUAAGAUUGAGUUUCCAUUACCUCCCGCCUUAUUUAAAGCAAUGUUUCGCUUAUUGCUCAAUUUUUCCAAAGGACUAUGAAUUUGAGAAGCAUACUUUGGUUCGACUUUGGAUGGCUGUGGGUUUAAUUUCACAAGCUGACGGCGGGGCAAGAAUGGAGGAGGUUGGAGAGAACUAUUUUAAUGAAUUAGUAUCACGAUCACUAAUUCAAAGAUCAAGAACUGAGGAGCCUGGAUUCACAAUGCAUGAUCUCGUUAAUGAUUUGGCUAUGUUCGUGUCUAGAGAAUUUUGUUUUCGGAUGGAUGAGGAAGGAUCAUAUGAAGUUCCUAAAAGAGUUCGACAUUUGUCAUAUGUGAAAGGAAGAUUUGAUGCUGCUAAAAUGUUUCAGCCAUUAAAUGGAGUUAAAUAUUUGCGCACCUUCUUACCCAUGUCUAUAAGGAAGUUAAAUUGGGGUUAUGUAAGUAGUAAGGUUCCGAAUGAUUUGUUGCCAACACUAAAAUGUUCACGGGCACUGUCUUUGGCAGGAUAUACAAACGUCAGUCGCUUACCUGAUUGCAUCGGGGACCACAUACAUUUGCGCUACAUUGACCUCUCUUACACUGCUAUUAAAAGGUUACCAGAUACCGUGAGUGGUCUCUACAAUUUGCAAACUCUAUUGUUGUCUCAUUGUUCCUCUCUUGUUGAAUUGCCUGUAGACAUGAGGAAACUGAUUAAUUUGCGCCAUCUUGAUAUUAGAGAUACUGGUAUAAAAGAAAUGCCGGUGCAAAUGGGUAGACUAAAAAGUUUGAGAACACUCACUGCUUAUGUAUUGGGGACAUCUACUAGGUCUGGUGGCAUUGGAGAAUUGGGGGAGUUGCCCAAUCUUGGAGGGGAACUUUCUAUCAUGAAUCUAGAGAAUGUAGUCCAUGUUGUGGAUGCCUUGCGGGCCAAUUUGAAGGAUAAGAAAGAUCUCAAUGAAAUAGAGUUGGCAUGGGGUAGAGUGGAUGCAGAUGAUUCCAUAAAAGAGAGACAAGUACUUGAAAAAUUACAACCUUCUGUAAAUUUGGUGAAACUGACCAUCAGAUGUUAUGGUGGAACAAGCUUUCCGAAUUGGUUGGGAGACUCUUCCUUCUCCAACAUAAAAGUCAUGCGCCUCCAAGGUUUUAGUACUUGUUGGGCGUUGCCAUCAGUUGGGCAGUUGCCCGCUCUUAAGGAGCUCUGUAUAGAGGAGAUGAAAUUUGUUACGAGUAUUGGUGCUGAGUUUUAUGGUGUCAAUGGAAUUAAAGGGACACCUCAUCAGUAGAUAUUUUUAUGGUUUAAACAGCUGUAAUUUUGGUUGUAACUAAUCUCUGUUAUUAGAUGCUAAUCUAGUGGUCAUUAGUCACUAAGGUUAUUUAGCAAAGUGUAUAUAUACUCAGAUGUAAUUUCUUCUUCAUUAAGAAAACAGAAAUACAGAAAGUAUUCUUUCUA